UGUGAACCGAAGGUGGCCACACCCAUUUCACAUUACCUCUGAUCGCUAGCACUGCACUAUACCAUAUCCAUAUCUAUCAUGUCUCUCUCGUCUCGAUUGAAGGUGAUUUUGGGGACUGGAGACUUCAGAAGAAGAGGUUUUCUUGAAGAGAAGGAGUGCUUCAAUGCGUUGAACCUCUUCUUAUCUCGAGGCGGCCGAAAUGUCGACACUGCUCUUGUGUAUGCACAUCCUGAGGGGUCGUCUGAUGAGACCAUUGGCAAGUACACGGCAACUAGCCCCAACGGAUCUCAACUGUCUGUCGGCACUAAGAUCAAUCAAUUUGGGGAAUACACUUUUAAGAAGGAGUGUGUCUACGAACAAGCUAACAAAUGUCUGACCAAUCUGCAAACAUCUUGUGUGGACAUUCUCUACCUCCACUCCCCUGAUCAUGCCACGCCCAUCGAGGAGACGCUGGAGGCAAUGCAACAGCUGUACACAGAGGGCAAGUUCAAGGAGCUAGGUGUGUGCAACUAUGCCUCGUGGGAGGUAGCCAAUAUCUGCCAGAUCUGUAAGAGCAGAGGAUGGGUCUCACCAACCGUCUAUCAGGGAAUGUACAACGCAAUAACAAGAAAUGUUGAGAAGGAGCUGCUGCCUGCUUUGAGGUACUUUGGACUUAGGUUCUACGUCUAUAACCCUACUGCCUGUGGCAUGUUGACAGGAAAGUACCGCUACUCUGACUUUGAGAACACGAGGGGAGAGCUUAAAGAGGGGCGAUUCUUCAUCGACCCACAGUUCUCUUCUUUGUACCGAGACAGAUAUUGGCGUGAGAGUGUGUUUAAGGGGGUGGAGCUAGUGAGGGGUGCUCUGGAUGAGAGUUACGGAGUGGGCAAAGUCAGUCUAGUCAGUGCUGCCUACAGGUGGCUCAACCAUCACUCGCAACUCAGCCCAGAACAUGGAGAUGGGAUAAUACUGGGGGCAAGUUGCAUUGAGCAAGUCACUAGCAACCUGAGCAGCUGUGAGGAAGGGCCUUUGGAUGAUCGUGUGGUGAAAGCAUUUGACGAAGCUUGGGAAAUGGACCAAAGAUUCUCCGUUAACUACUUUAGAUAGUGACCCCAUGCAAGUUUGAAUCCUGUACAGUAUAAACCGACCACUAUUAAUUAAUUGUCACAGUACACAUUGCCAAUUUUGUGUGGUAUCAAUUUGAUUUAAGAUCACCUUUGUUUAGACAUGUUCUCACCUCAGUUUGGUCUGAUCAUGUUUCAAAGCCAUUCUGUUUGUGUGUCAGGUUUCUUUACUCUUUCUUGUCUGACAAUAUUGGAUCUUUAGAAAGUUUCUAAUAAACAA